CGGAUCUGUUCUCAAGUAACCACUUUUUUUGUAAACAAAUGAAAAAAGUAAAAAGUCCUGUGAGAUUUGUGAAAAUGGAAUCGGAAUACAAUCUCAAAGAACAAAACUAUUAGAUAAAUAAUAACGAAUUGUAUACAAAGAAAGUGAUUGCAUUGAUCUCAUAUAUUGCCGAAAUGAAUUUUUAUUGCCUAAGUAAUUUCAUUGACUACUCGCUGGCAAUCCACCAGCCUUUGAAGCACAAUCGUAUCAAGUACACUUGUUUCGACAUUUCGGAGAACUUCAUUGUUUUGGGAGCAUCGUCCGGCUCGCUUUACCUCUUUAACCGGGAGGGCAAAUUUCUACACCUCAUACCCAGCAAGCAUGGGGCGGUGAAUCACCUAUCGAUAUCUGCCAAUGAAAAAUUUGUGGCCUUCUCAACACAGCGUUCGGUGGUGUGUGUCUAUGUGGUUAACUUAUCAGCACAGUCGGUGCCACAGGUCAUCUUCACCAACUUGUGUAGCGACCAGUCUGUGCAAGUAACAUGUGUUCACUGGACAAAGGACGAAAAGCAAUUCUAUUAUGGCGAUACCAAAGGUCAGGUCAACUUGGUGCUGUUGUCCACAUUUAUUGGCACCAGUCUCAUAAACAUGUCCAUUCAUCCCAUACUCUUUUUGGAAUCUCCAGUUGUGCAAAUUGAUGACUUUGAGUCUCUUUUGCUGGUCUCCAAUUGCACCAAAUGCAUUUUAUGUAAUACGGAGUACGAGGAAUACAAACAGAUUGGGAACAAACCCAGAGAUGGUGCUUAUGGGGCCUGUUUCUUUAUUUCAUCAAAUGAAAGUCACCAACCCUCUCGAAUUUAUUGCGCCAGACCUGGUUCCCGGUUUUGGGAAGUGGAUUUUGAAGGCGAUGUCUUGCAGACACAUCAGUUUAAAUUUGCACUGGCCUGUGCGCCGACAAAGAUACACAAGGAUCAGGACAGUGAAAAUGACAAUAUGUGCGGUGACAAUGAGGGCAAUGACGAGAUGCUGGACUACCAGGCACAGAAUUUGCAGUUUGGCAGGAUACAGAGACUUAAACAGGACUUUUUGGUGGCCUUUACUGAACUGGGCCUGUACAUCUUUGAUGUGCGCAGCUCCACAGUGGCGCUGUGGUGCAAUCAGUUCGAGAGGAUAGUGGAUUGCCGUGUGUGCAAUGACGAUAUUGUGGUUUUCACACAAACUGGCUCCCUCUACUCCGUGCAGCUGCACACACUACAAUCACAGGCCUGCUCGCUGGUGCGUCAGAGCAAACUGCUCGAAUGUGCAUGGCUAAUGCGUCGAAAUGUUAAAUACUUUGCCGAUAAGGCGAGAGAGGACUACGAGCUGGGGAUGCUGAACAAGAUAAAGAAUUUUCUCAUAGGACGCCAUCAGUAUGAGUUGCUCAAUGACUUGUCGGUAAUAUUUGACGCUAUUGCUCAAUGCGAAAGCAGUGGCGGUGGGGACAACAACAGUUCCGGCGGCUCCACUGCCGAAAGAAGCAGUGUGGGAGCCUCUGGAGCCAGUCAAUGCCAUAGAAACUCUGAAGACAAUUCGCCGCAAGGUGUCUACGUACUAGAGAAUGCUUUCUGUGAUAAUCUCAAGAGCCAGAAGGGCGAAAAACACUUUAAAGACGCCUUGCUAACGGUCACCGGAAAAUUUGGUAAAAACAUCAUCAAAUACAAGUUCAACAUAUUCGCGGAGGAGCAGCAGAAAUUUGUCAGGGACCUAAUACCGGCCAACGAACGUUCCCUGCCCUUCAAAGACAUCAAAGCCAUGUAUGAGAACGACGAAGAGAUUGUUUGCCGUUCGAAGAAGGGCCCGUCUGCACCAAGUUCUUCCGGCCGGAAUGCAGGAAAAUCGAAAGCCGCUGGGACUGGUCAACACAUUACGGCCGAGGAGAAGACGAUAUAUAAUCUCUAUUUGAUUUGCAAAAGCUCCAAAUUCAGCAACACGAAUUUUGUCGAACGCUACCGCUCCCUAUUCGAUGAAUAUUCGGCGCCAGAGCUGAUCACUCUACUUGAAAAGCUGGCACAAGUGAUGGUCGAACAUGGUGAUGACCCGGAGCAGGCGAAGCGGCACUGUUAUGAAAUGUACUUCCAUUACUUGAAUCCCGAGCUGAUAUGGGAAAUGGACGACACUUCUCGAGAUUACAUCACACAGGGAUUCAUCCUUUUGAAUUCUUCCGAGGACAUUGUACGUUGCGACAACUGUAUGUUCCCUUUGAGAUUUGACAAUUCAUGCCUGUUCCAUGAACUAGGCUCAGUGCUGUUGCGCUACUACUGGUCACGCAAUGAACAGGUCAAGUGCUUCGAUGUGCUGAACCGUGUCCCGGCCCUUUUCGAUAUCCUAGCCAAACUCUACUUAGCCGAAUACAACAUGGACAAAGUUCUGCCCAUCAUUCUGAACUACGGCCAACCUGAUUUACUUGUAGAUAUGGGUAAAAGUUUCUCCCUCUCCGCCUGGUCCAAGUGUUUUGAGCAUUUCGUUGAACUACAUCAGGGCCGCCUAACGUGCAUCAACUGCGAGUGCGUGACUACGGUGGAGAAUGUCAACCGGCACUUUUUCUACACUUGGAAUUGUUUCUUGGGCAUUGCGAUAGACUUUAUGCAGGCCGAAGAAAUACUUGCAUUGAUUUUCAAAUGGUCCAAUUUUAUACCGAAUGAUGCCAUUGACCGCGAGUUCUAUUCACGUUGUCUACUGAAAGGUUGACAAAGAUGGCGACAUCUUAAGCAACCCGGACAUUUUCCAAGUGAUUCUACAUUCCGCGUUUCGCCUCCUUCGAGAUAUCGUCAUUUAUCACUGUAGAAAGUGUCGAUACCGAUAGUCAAAGGACAUCUCGAGCGGAACUGUUUCCCUAGUCCCUAAUAUAGCCAAAAAAGGAAACAUUUAAAAUUAACUCUAGCAUUUAUAUUUAAAGAGUUUCAAGAAAAUUAAUUUGCACAUCUACACGUUGAACCAGUCAUCUCUACCCUACAGGCAGAUUUGAGGCUUUUUCCAACAAAGCUCCACUCUCCAAACUCUAUUUAAAUAUUUAUCAAUAAUUAAUAACAAAUUCGCUUUAUUAUAUGGUCUCCACUAUAUUUUGCUUUAAUAUUUACGACGGCGAAUCAUGUAAUCCGCAGUCCCCAUUGUAUAAGCCAGCCGGACAAAGUGCAUGCAGUAUUCAGUGGUUCCUUCUUCAACACUCCAUUGUAGCGAAAUUAUUCGAAACUUUAUUAACUGUUACACCUAAGUAGGCUAGGCUAGUCCGUUGAUAGGCUCUUAACAAAACAAAGAGUAAAUACAAAAAGAAAAAAAAAAAAUAAUUUAAAAAAAUUUCAAAAAAGAUUUUUGUAAAAUUGAAACAAUCAAAAAGAAAUGAAAAAAGAAAACAUAGGUACUUUCUACUUUCCAAAUUACGUUAACGAGCUACAGCCGUACGGACGAAUGGAGAUUUCUUUGUAUGUUGACGGACGUCACUACUGUAUGAUGGCGAUACACAAUUUAUAAACAAAAACACACACACACACACACAUUUACAUAAAUAUUUAUUAUUCAAAUUGUAAGUGUAUUUACACUGCAAUUAUUUUUAUGUAUUCAAAAGGUUAUAUAUAUAUAUAUACAGACAUAUACUACACCGCAUACACAUAUAUAAUAUAUAAAUAUGUUAAAAAAAGGAAAAAUAUAAAUAAAAGUAAUCCAA